UGUUCUCUCUGCUUGAGCUGCCACUGCGUUUGUGCCUCUUUUACGCUUUUGUGUGCUCUCCAUCUAGCACAGCCAAAGCUAGCGCAUUUCUCAAUAACCAUGGCGGACAAGGCAGUGACCAUUCGUACCAGGAAAUUUAUGACAAACAGGCUUCUCUCAAGAAAGCAAUUCGUCAUUGAUGUUCUUCAUCCUGGAAGACCUAAUGUCUCCAAGGCUGAGCUCAAGGAGAAAUUGGCGAGAAUUUAUGAGGUGAAGGACCCCAAUACAAUCUUUGUUUUCAAGUUCCGAACUCACUUUGGUGGUGGAAAAUCUACUGGAUUUGGAUUGAUAUAUGAUUCUGUUGAGAAUGCAAAGAAAUAUGAGCCAAAAUAUAGGUUAAUCAGGAAUGGACUUGCUACUAAGGUAGAAAAGUCAAGGAAGCAGCUGAAGGAAAGGAAAAACAGAGCUAAGAAGAUCCGUGGAGUUAAGAAGACAAAGGCUUCAGAUGCUGCCAAGGGUGGCAAGAAGAAGUGAGAGUUUACAGAAUUUUGUGCUAGUUUUAAAACUCAUAUGCAGCUAUGGUCUUCAUUUAAUAGUUUUGUUUUCUCAUUAGGUACUUCCGAAAUGAAAUAUUUUGUUGUCAGUUGGAUGUUGGUGUCAUUGUAUGGCUAGUUAAUUUUAUGAGAUUUGAGUAUUUUGAAGAGGACAGUUUUGAAAUAUUUAAUAUCAAGAGUUUCUGGACA